UUUGCUUAUAGGUUUUUAGCACUUCAGCUAUAAAAAUGGGCAGAAUUUUCCUUGACCAUAUUGGUGGUACUCGACUGUUUUCAUGUGCAAAUUGCGAUACGAUCCUGACCAACCGCUCAGAACUCAUCUCUACCCGUUUCACAGGCGCCACUGGCCGAGCAUUUCUUUUUAACAAGGUAGUUAACCUGCAGUACAGUGAAGUUCAAGAUCGGGUCAUGCUCACUGGCCGCCACAUGGUUCGAGACGUGAGCUGCAAAAACUGCAAUAGCAAACUGGGAUGGAUCUAUGAGUUUGCCACUGAAGACAGCCAGCGUUAUAAGGAAGGUCGUGUGAUCCUGGAACGUGCCCUAGUCCGAGAGAGUGAAGGUUUUGAGGAGCAUGUACCCUCUGAUAACUCUUGAAGAGAAUGAGAUAAAUACCAUCUUUUCCCAGGUCUCCUUCACUGAAAACAAAAAUCUACUUACAUACACUGUCACCUUAGCAUCAGAGUCGGAUUCAUGAACUGCGGAACAAGAGGUUGUGAGAAUCUAAGAUGGAACUUUUUUUUCUUCUUCCUUUUUCCUCCCUCCCCCCCUUUUUUAAAUUUUCCAUCCAGCAGCAGUGUGUAGAGAGAAUAUUAUGCAGAUGCUGUUACUUUUUUUUUCCUGUGUUUACAUCUUGAGGCAGAAUAGUCUUAUCUGCAGCUACAUAGUGGGCUAAGUGAGGGAAAAAAUAUCUGGGCUUAAUGGAGUGAAAAACCAGUGUGUUUGUAAAUUUUGGAAGGAAAAUAUGUCAAGAGCAUGGUUUUUAAAAUUAUUUGGGCUUCGUUUUAAAACUUUUUUUAAAAAAACACCCGUUAUUUCGCCUGAUUUGCUAGCUUCAGAGAAGAGAUCCGAAUUUGUGUGCAGCGCUAAAGGUCCAGUGCUAAGAGGGCUUGCGCUGGCCCUCGUGCCAUAUUCUUGUUGGAGAUGAACCACAGCACCAGAGCCCAUUCUUCUUGUCAGUCUUGACCCAAAGAUGUUACCUUUCCUAAUGAUUUGUCACCACAUCCUUGAUGUUGGUUGGAAAGUUUUUCUGGAACGGGACAAAACUGCUUGGUUGUCUUUUUUUUUUCCAUGUAACUUAAGCAUAGUAAUAUAAAUAAAGUGAUAGUUGGAUGUUU